AUGGAGAGCUGUGUUAUCUUCUGGGCCCACUCUUCUGGGCUUCCUGAUUUUACAACAGCCAAAUGCCCACCUUCCACUUCAUCCAAAGCUUUAGCAAUGCCAGAUUCACUAGAAGCAAGAACAGGAACCCCUGCAGAAAUAGCUUCAAGGGCAACCAAUCCAAAGUCUACAGUGCCAGAUGGAAGAGCGACCAAGUCUGCUUCGAGGAACAUUGUUUUCAGCUCCUCUUGAUCACAGUAUCCACGAAAAGUCACUUGAUCACGUGUUAUUCUUGUUGUCUGUAGUAACCAUCCCAACAUUUUUCUAUGUUGGCCUUCACGUGAACCAACAAAUGUCAUCUUAAAUUUCUCUCCAAGGGAACCUACUGCAUCGGCAAUAAUGUCAUAACCUUUCAGAUAAAGGUUCUCAAAAGGUGCUCCAGCAAAGACAAAGAUGUUGAAUGAAUCGUCUUGAUUAUUUGUGACUUGCCCAACCUUUUGCACUAAGAGAUUGGUAUAUUUCUCAAAAAUUCCAGGUGUAAUGACGUGAACCUGCCUGUAAACUAGCUGUAAUAGUAUUCCUACAGAAACCACAGCAUCAGCUGCUCUGCAGAGUGCACCUUCACUUUUAUGGUUCUCCUCAUUUUCUUUGAUUGUAUCAGUGUUUUCUGCAUAUUCUGCUAGUUUAUAUUUUCCAAGAUCUUCAGAGAACACAUGCACAAUUUGCACCCAUUUGCAGUUUGUAGUUUUUGCGAUGCAGUAAGCAGGGAAGCCAAACUUCCAGCCGUGACCAAUCACAAUAUCAGGAUGUGA